CUAACUACGAGCGGAGGAAAAGGAAAGCUCAUUACCGGGGGGGUACCGGGGUUUCUAGACACGCCAGUCAACAAGGUAAAAGUGCAUUCUGCUUGUCAGUAUAAGUAUUUUCUUUAGUUAUUCUUUCGAGAAGAGGAAACAGGAAACCCGAGAGGACUAGAAGCUGGAAACCGCGAAGUGACCGGGAAUCAACAGGGGCUGCUGAGCAGACCAUCUCAAGAGGCUUUGAAUAAACAGAAAGGAGGCAGGAAAAUGACCUAAUUAGCGACAAGCGUGACGGACAACCUGGUGCAAAUGUGUUGGUGGUAAUUUCCCCAGUUUCACCCACAAGGCAGACACAUGCAUCAGCGCACAUACACGUACGGUACAUUUAUAAACCCCGCCCUUCCCUUCCUGCCGUCCACCCUGGUCCUCCAUGGAUUCCUACAACUUCCACUUUGAGAGAAUGAGCAACGUGGACCUGCAUCCUCUGAGCCUCCCUGUCAGCAGGCUCUCCCCAGCCAAGUCCAACAGCAGCAUCGUCGACCAGCUCGCUCACCACCAGCACGGCAAAGGAGACUCUGCCUACAGCUCCUUCUCUGGUGGGUCCACUGCCCCAGACUACCCUUCUCCCUUCCUUCCAGACGACCUACAGUCCAGCUCCUUCGGCCACUAUGCUGAUCUUAAGUAUGUAAAGUCCAUUUACCACCCCACCCAGGUUCUGCAGUCUGAUUCAAAGACCAUGGACCAGCUCUAUCGCUCUGUAGAAGCUAUCUCUCAGCACUAUCGCAACAACUCCAGCACCAAUGUAAACCACCACAACCACAAUGGCAAUGACAGUUUCCACACCAACAACAAAGCACUCUCUAAACAAGAGGUGCCUUUGGGGGCUCAAUCCCAAAGUGCUUACCCUCCUCCAGUCCCAGCACGCCUGGAUAGUUUCAUAGCCACAAAAAACUUGGAGAACACCAGGGUCCACCACCAGGGUACUGAAUUUCAACCCCAGCAGGCACAGCCUCAACAACAGCCCAGACCCUACAGUCGACUCCAUUCACAGCACCAUGGUCAGAAUGCGCGAAGCCCUGAGAAGGCUAACCCAGAUGCAGGCAACUCAAGCUUCAAUUCUGACCCGGUGUAUUCAGUUUGGAGGGGCUCUCAACAGCAGCAACCACAGACCCAGCAACCACCAAGCUACCGCUCUCACCUCCAGCCUCAUGAUCAGAGCAGGGUGCCGCUGAACCCAGAAUACCUCUUCAUCAUGGAUAACAAAGCUGCCCCUGAGCAGCAGAAAUCAACAAACAUCCUAAGCGGAUCACCUCCCAGAGGCACAAGCAAGUCUGAGCACCUGAUACCCAGACAGCUCUCAACCAGCGGUGGAUGUAAUGGAGACCAUCACAACAAGUCCAGUGGCAGUAGUAGCCACUUUGAGAGUCAGCGCAAAAGGGCACACUCAGCUCACGACUGGCUUGGGUCAGAGCCGACCCGAGCUGCCAGCCCCUGGAAUGCCGGUCAGAGUUUUAUCAACAGCAGCAUCCAACAUAAGGGACAGUUCUACUUUGUCACAGGAGUGUGCAAGCUGUCUGACUCUGGUAUGAGGACAUAUUCUGCAUCUGUGUGUGGGUCAGAGGCUGGGAGUGAGAGCUCCACAGUGUUGGAGAAGCACCGGAUAAGAGAAAAAGAAAGAAGCCACAGCACAAUGGAUAAUUUGUUUAGACCUCUCCAACAGAGUUCUCGCACUUCCAGUGGUACGAUUCCAGAUGAGAGGGAGGCUUUCGCUUCUCUGUCCCAGGGCAAAGACCUGUCCGCCAGGAGUCAGGAUCAGGAGAAUCACAGACCGUCCCUCCUCUCGACGCAGUCCUCUCGAAGCUUUGACGCCUUAGAAGAUAUUGACAUGAUUCAGAGUCGAGAGAUCGGCCGCCACACUGCCAACAACCCCAUAUUCUACUGUGGACCUGACAGAAACUGCUCACCACAUUCACCGACGCAAACGAAGGAGGCCACUCCGUUAAUCAGCUCUGAACAGCCCAACCACCACAAGAGAGAGGAGCAGGCGAAGAGAGGGAAACGGCAGCCACUCGGGGACGUAGCCAGCGAGAGGAUAAACAAAGAAACAACCCCACUUCUCUAUCACCUCACUGAAGCCAACAGGGCAGCCUUACAGCCCAAAAAGGAUGCUGAUUUUAGUAUAAAAGGCAAGGAGACAACCCUGAACAAAACAGGUCAUGAAGACGUGGUAGCAGACAACAAUGAGAAACCUCCACGAGGUGACACGAGCAAGAGUGACAGAGGGGACGUUGCCUGUAACACUCUGGAUGACUCAUUUAAAAAGUACUACAAAGAGAAGCUGAAGGAUGCCCAGUCUAAAGUCCUAAGGGAGACUUCAUUUAAAAGGAGGGACCUGCAGCUGUCGUGGCCACACCGUCUCAGGCAAAAACCUGACCUGAGGCCUACAGUGAUUCACUCAUUCUCCCCAUCACAGGACUCUGAGACUUCCACAGACACACUCACUCCGUCUGUGACUUCUGAGGAGACAGAGAGGGGGAGCAUAAAGGAAGAAGCCAGGGAGGAUCAGAAGGAGAUGGACAAAGAGACUGAAAAGGAAAACGGGAGACCAGCAAAUGUGGCCCAGCCCCAGGUGGCACGCAUCGGAGGCAGGAAGCGAUUGACUCCAGGGCAGAAGAAGAUGUGCUACUCUGAACCAGAGAAACUCAACCAGCUUGGUGGUACACCCAGCCACUCUGCUUGUCGCUCUUUUGGCAACGAAAGUGAAAACCCGUUUGCAGUUGAAUGUGAAGGAGAGGAACAGCAGCAAGGAGAGACGGGGCUGGUCGCAGCACGGAGAAAGAUGUUUGAGACAAGAGGUCGGGCCCUUUCAGCCUCUAGCGCCUCAAAAACAAACCUGAAACACCUGCAACACAAGGCCCUGGUGGAGUACAUGGAACGUAAGACGGGUCAGAAAGUGGCUGAGCCACAGCAGCCAGCCCCUCAGUUACCAGCUCCACCCAGACAGAGGCACUCUCUGGGCGAGAAACCAUAUGACUGGGGUCCCAGGCCUCUGUCAGGCAACCAUGAAGGCAAAAAUAUAAAGAAGAAGCUCCACAGACCCCACUCUGCAGGCCGCAUCCUUGAUUCCUCCACCAGCUCCAUCAGGUAUGCACAGUUCUUCUCAGCACAGUCUUGUUCAGGCCAAUAUGCUGGCCAAUCAAGUCAGCCCAGAUGGAGGGAGAGCCAUGGUCCGUCUCAGGGGAAGUCUGCCUCAGUGGAGAGUCUCUUGGACCAGCCAGAACCGCCAAGUUUGUUCAGGAACAGAUCAACAUCCACACCACAUGCAUUUCAGACACACGACUACGAGAAGGAUCCGUUACCAGUUAAUACUAUGGAGACCUGGAGUCCCCAGAAAAAUGGCACUGAGGAUUCCUUGGUAAAGGCAGUGUCCGAGGGCCAGCAGCAUGUCCGUGUGGUUGCACAGAGGGGGAAGUCCAUGGAAGAGCUUGGAGCUACAAAGUUAACUAGACCAUCAGCCUUGAGUAAAAGCUCUGAGCAGUUGGAUCAACUGUGGAGACAGUCGACUGGACCGGGAGGACCCGAAAGAGACAAGAGGAGUGUUUCAUUUAUUGCUGAAGUCAGAGAAGCCCAGGGACAGGAAAGAGGGAGGAAGAAACAGUAUCUAACAGAGCAAGCAGGAAAAGAACCAGAGAUUCUCGGUCAGAAGAACACUCAGGGACAGAUACAAAACCAAACCCAGAAAAAGUCCCCAUUGAAGCAGAACUCAGAGCCAGGGGAGGAUGCGACAGUAGGAGCAAGGAACUCGAGUAGAUCCACCUCCCCAGCCUCCUGCUCCUCUUCCCGGGCCAGGGUUCGCUCUGGAUCUCCUGGAUCUCACGGCCCUGUCACAGAUGACUUCAGGUCCAGCAGAGCACCCAGUGAGACCUCAUCUAGCCCACCUUCCCCCAGAGGUCUAGAGACCAAUGAGAGGGACAUCAAAUCCACUCCCGCCCAGACGGAGCUUCCUUGUGAAAACAAGCAUUGCUUCAGUAGAGUCUGGACUUCUCCUUCUGUGACUGGAUCAGAGAGAGAGCAGUCAGUGGAUGAACCAAGCAAUGACGCCCUACCAUCUGAUUCAAACCAAGAAGUGUCUCUGAGCUGCGGCGUCACCACAGAUCCAUCGCUGUGGAUUCUCCCCCCAGAAGAAGAGAUCAAAGAGGAAGUCCAGCAUCCACAGCUGACAGACAGCGUUUUUGAUGAUGAGUCCAGCUUCUCUCCUCCUGCAGUGCAGACAAGUGAAACCUCUGUGUCUCCCUGCACCUCCGUCUCUGACGCAGACGUCACUCAGCGCGUGGAGGAGGAGAAAAACCCACAAAUGGACGACGAGAAGUCGGGAGAAAACCAGGAAAUGGAGGAGAGGGGAGCACCAGAGGGAGAGACGGAGAACCUGGAGGGGUCCGGUGAGAGACCUCGGUGGGAGGAGCUUACGGAAGCGGUGGUCAAGGCCGACCAGUCGCUGGCCAGAGUUCUCUACCCGCUGACCAAUCGUAAGACGGCGCUGAUGCUGAUGGAGCAGCUGUUGUCAGAGGACACGCUGCUGAUGGAGGAGCACUACAAGAAGAAACAGGAGCAGAGAGGAGCUGCAGAAAGUGCUGAAGCAGUCGAAGCGGCCGAACCAGCUCCUUGUCUUCCUGCUCCUGACAGCCUUAAACCCCAGAGUCCAGACCCGCAGAGCAGGUCUGACAUCACUGAGAAGAAGCGUCUAUUAGUGUCCUAUAUCGAGGAGCGUCUGCGUUCACUGGAAGAGGCGCGUGGCGCUCUCCAGACAGAGAUUCAGGAGAACGUGGCCCGCGGGGAGGAACUGGAGGUGCUGGUCCGUGAGCGCUGUCAGCCCGUGGAGCUGGAGAGAUACAACUUGUUCAUAGGAGACCUGGAGAGGGUGGUCAGCCUGCUGUUGUGCCUCUCUGCUCGGCUGGCCAGGGUGCAGAACGCCCUGAGCACCGUGGACCAGCACACAGAUGCUGAGGAGAAGCAAUCUCUGGACAGUCGGCAUCGUCUGCUGUGCAAACAGAGGGAGGACGCCAAAGAUCUGAAGGAUAACCUGGACCGAAGAGAGAACCUGGUCUCCACCUUCCUGUCGCGCCAGCUGUCCGUCGAACAGCUGCAGGACUACAGGCGUUUCGUCCAGACCAAGGCCUCGCUGCUCAUCCGGCAGAAGGACCUGGAAGAGAAGCAGAGGCUGGGAGAGGAGCAGCUGGAGGCUCUUUCCAACAGCCUGAAUCUGUGAGAGGAGGAGAGGCGACUAAAGCCCCAGAUUUCUCCUUUGGUUCUUUACUCGCCUCGAAAGAGGAUGUGUAGAGAGUUUUGUCUGUCCUUUGCUGGCUCAGUUUGCCACAUACACACACAGGACAUGGAUUAUAAAUGGUCCUGCAGAUAUCCCUAAUCCUUUGCACCGUGUCGUGACUUUCUUUUGACCUUUAGAAGAGUUUGACAGGGCUACGGUGGAACCCAUAAUGCCGUUCUGCUCUCCUCUCAUAACUAUAGGCUGCACAUGAUAUGAGCAACUGUUAAGACUGAAGCUCGUUGCCUUUCUGUCAUCAACCGAGGGUACCCAGAAGGCUCACCCACUUUCCGCCCAACGCCGUUCUCAGUCUGCACAGUCUGCAGGGUGAAGACUCAUCUCCUCGUGUUGUACGUUUCCUUUGACUUUCAACAGAACACCGAACUUUUUCUGUUUUUCUGUGUGCCUUGUUAUUGGUGUUGCUGUGGAACAUUUUCCAUUAGAGCUGCUGUGUGGAAACUUUGCGUCCCCUGCUAGCAAUCCAGUAACUGUCCUUUUUUUUUUUUUUUUUUUUCAUAAAGAUGGUAGUGCUACAGCCCAGUAUCUGCACCUCUGGAAACCUAUCAUAAGCUUUAAGAUUGUAUUGUGACCAGUGAGAGGGUUUAAGUGAGAGAGAGUGGUCUUAGAGGGCGCGGUGUACUGUAUCAUGUCAGUAAAAUGUACAAUAGUUGUAGUAGAUUUAAUCUUUUUUUUUUUAAUGUUCUUAUUUUUAAAUGUGUUUCAAAUGACGGCACUAAAAACCAAAAAAGGUGAAUGAAAAAAAAGCACUUUGUAAUGAUACAUAAAUGCACAUUUCUUCAAAUCAGAUUUGUUUUCAAAAUUAUUUCAACUCAGAGCCUUACUCCAUCCAGUCAAAUAUUUUUAUUUUGCUUAUUUUGUUUGUUUUGUCAUUUUAAACAGGAAUGUUGGCAUUAUGUUUUGUAAAAGGUACAUGAGCACACCCGGCAACAUUAUGGAUUGUGUACAAAUACUUUUCCAACUAAUUUCAUACUUCAUGUUAUCAUGUUUUGAUGAUUUUGUGCUGGAACAGUUCCUCAUUCGGAGGUGCUAAACCUCUUUAAAGCAGAUUAUAAACCAGUAACAAUUAUAUCACUGGGUAUUUUCUCCCAAUGUCCCUUUGUCGCGGAAGUGGCGUGAUACUUGAAAUACUUUUUUUUUGUGUUUUUUUUAAUAAGAGGAAAGUCCACAAUCUUCACUUCAGGUGACUUAAAUUAAUUUUCUGUUCACUACCUCCACAGCAAAAACCCCUUUUAGACACAUGUAACCUAUUUAAAUACACACAUUAGUGUCUAGCUAAAAAGCUCUUCUGGAUAGCCCUGAAUAAAAACACACUCUUGAAUCAAAGUACUUUCCCCACAAAAGAAUCUCACAUUUUUAAACUGCAUCUGUUUUUCCUCGUUAAUAUUUGUAAUUAGUUUUGAUAGUUGUAUUAAUUUCUUUUGUACUGGAUUUUUAACCAGACACAUCGGAGAGUUGUUUAAGAUUCAUGUGAGCUGUUGCUCGACAUCAUAAUAUGUGCAGCGAGCGUGUGCGUGUGUGUGUGUCGGUGAGAUUGUGGAUGCCUUAAAUUUGUGUGCGUUGAGGUUGAGUUGUUGAACAGAAAGAUAGAACUCCUCUCGGUGUUUCCUGUGUUAGUUUUCAACUGAAGUCAUAAAAUGAUCAAAAUGUUUAACUGAUCUCGUGCGUGUGGGCUCUCGUGUAUGUUAUGAUAUUUAUGUAAUAAUGACCACAAAGAGGCAGAGCAUCACUAGCAGCCUCCAGAUACAAAAUAAUAAUUUAUUGACUAACACAAAAUGUCAAACAAGUAAACAACUAAAAGUGUGUUUUCCUCAGAAAGAGGAAACUGUUCUACCCUUGAGGAUAUUUUCAUGGUUGUUUUUUUUUUUUCUAAGCAGUUCCACCACCUCCGCCACCACCCCUAAAACAUUUCUCUGGAGAUUUACGACUCUGUCCCUCUCAGUUUGCUAAACAAAUGUAUGUUUGUUUUGGCCUUUGUGCUGACGCAGGGCUGAGGGGUUAGAAAGGCUCUCGUGUUGUUCCCUGCAGCCUGCUGGAAUUCCUAAAGAAUGCAAAAGACCAACAUUUUGGAGAAAGAGAAGACUGGGGGAGAAAGCGAGGAAAAUACUCCCACAAAGGAACAGCACAUGGAUAAAUACUCAUUUUAGUUGUUGCUGUGUGUGCAAACAACAAACAAUUGUCAACAACAGAGGUCACAGAAAAGGGGGCCUGUUUUUGAAGUAGGAUUAUAUUUGUUUAGUUGGGGGAUUUUGUUUCAAGUAGUGGAGGCGCGUGACAUUGAUACGAACAGAAUCUGUUUGAAACCCAAGAAAGAAAGACAUAUUUCAGUGAGUCCCAGCUGGUGGGAUGACGGCAGAGACAUUUCUAAAUCCACUUUUUCCUGCUGUAUUUCACAACUGUUUUCUGUUGAGAGUUUGAGUUGUGUUUUUGUGCCUGUUUGGAGUUGUAAAUUCCAUGAUGUUUGUAAUAUUGUGAAUAAAUUAAGCUCUCCCUCUC